CGCCGGCGGUCGUCCGCGGGCCGGCCGGCAUCCCGAGCCCCGCGCCGUCAGGUGGUUCUCCGUCGGCCGAACAGCUGAUCGGUUAGUAGGCGUCGAGGCGGGGAACAGGACGGUCGUGCCGUGGCGGUGUGCGGGCCAGGACAGACGGACUGUCUGCGCGCUGACAGUGCUCACCCGGAGAGGACAGUGACUAGUGUCCGCCGAGCCAUGUCGCGCAUCCAGUGCCCCAUCUCUCGGCCAGCCGGCCAGGACUCGCUGACUACAUCUGUGCGCCGUGCCGUGGGUCGCCGACACACUCCCCGCGGCAAGCCAGCGCUGCGAGAGAAGCCCACUGACAAGGAGAGCGGCUUCGAGUCAUGUCCGAGCAGUCCCCGCUCGGAUGCGUCCGUCGAGUCCGGACAGACCUGCCAGUGUGGAGCCCAGACCGAACUGCGUCAUCAGGCCGGUGACUGCACAUCUCUCGACUGCUUCAGCUUUAUCAAGAAGCUCGGCUCCGGAGGCUACGGCAGCGUGGUGCUGGUGGAAAAGCGGCGGGGCCGUGACCAGGGUGCCCGCUACGCGCUCAAGAUCAGCAGUCUGAGUCGCGCCGCGCUGGUCGAGCGCGACAUCCUGCCCCGACUGCGCGGUCUGCCGUACACCACCGACCUGGCCUAUGCCUUCUUCACGGCCUCUCCGCCUCGCGCCUUCCUCGCCCUCCCGUAUGCCAUCGGACGGGACCUCUUCUCACUGGCCGGGCCCGGCAAACGGCCCGGCUACCUGCGCAAAAUGUUUGUGCUGGCCUACCCCCAGUACGUGGAGCGGGUGCGACUCAUCCUGGCCGAGCUCACCGUGGCGCUCCACUGUCUGCACGAGAACCGGAUCCUGUACAGAGAUCUGAAGCUGGAGAACAUCCUCGUGUCCGGUGACGGCCAUAUCCGGCUAGCCGAUUUCGGCCUGUCGCGUCACUUCGAGAUCGGAGAGUCGGCUCACAUCACCGGCAAGACGGGCACGCCCGACUACAUGGCCCCGGAGGUGAUCCGCUCAAACGGAGCGCAUGGACCGGCGACCCAGUACAGCUAUGAGGCCGACAUGUGGGGUCUGGGCGUGAUCGCCUACGAACUGAUCGUGGGCCAGCUGCCCUUCCGCGGACGUCAGCUCAUCGAUCUGGAACACUCAAUCCUGCACGAUCCGGUGGAGCUGCCCCACUCGUACGUUGAGGAGAAGCUGGGCGUGCUGCUGUGGCACGAGCGACCGCUGGUGCUCUCGGCGCUGAACAUGGUGCAGACGCUGCUGCAGCGCCGGCCGGCCGACCGACCCACGGCUGCCGAGCUGCCCAACCACGCCUUCUUCGCGCCGCUCGACUGGCCGGCUAUCGCCUCUGGCCGGCACGACGAUCCGCCGUUCGACAUCCGGCGCGUGGUGCGCGAGCUCCCGGCAGACGACUCGGCGCGCCGCCUGCCGUCCGCCUUCUCCGGAGUGCCCUCGCAGAAAAAGGAGAGGAGAGACAAGGGCGCCGGCACUGGCUACGACAACCCGGCCAAAUACAAGAACUACCCGUACUGCAGCAGCGAGCUGGGCUGGUACGACUCGGACCUGGAGCUGGCCGUGCCGGCUGACACCCGGCACCUGGUCCCCGAGGGUGCCGUCGUGGAAGACGAUGACGCCCAGUGGGAGACGGAGCCGGGCACGCCGCUGGACGAGGUGGCCAGUCUGCUGACGCUGCCGGCCAGCCCCGUCAGUCCGGACAGCGCCUGCGGCGCCGGCCAGUCCCGAGAGGAGGAGACUGAGGACGACGAGGAGGGCAUGGAAGAGGAGGUGGAAGAGGAGUGGGUGUCCUCGGCCCUCCUGCCGCCCCACCCUCGCUCCCCCAGCCCCAUCCGAGAGGACUCCGACUCUGACAUCGAGGUGAUCGAGGUGAUCGCCGCGCCUCGUGGCCAGAAACGACACCUCUCGUGUCAGCGUCGACUCGACUUUGACGCUGCUGACGCCGACUGGCCGACUGACGCGCUGCCGCCCAAGAAGCAGCGCAGGUUCCUGCAGGCGGCCGUGGAGCGGCGCGUGGUGGUGCAGACCGCACUGCCGCCGCUGCCGCCGCUGCCCCCUUUCAGCUCGCUGCAGUCGCCGCGGCCCCGGCCGGCCGGUCUCCACUGACGAGCGACCGCAGCGCCCCUGGUGGCCAGAUCCAGUACAAACAGUGCCGUCAGCCGCCGCUACAGUCGGCUGGCGCUGGCGGGCUACGGGUGAGGGUCGCGGCGGCGCCGCGGGCGAACCAACCUUCUGUUCUGUUGUGAAUGUUGACAAGUUUUAUGAGAUCUUUACGAAGUGUUCACGUUCCUGUGCUGCCACAGCAACUGUUUGGUAGUUACCGAUAUAUGGCGCGCACCCUGGGGGAUCAUUGCCGAGCCGUGCUAGCCGCGGCCCUCGCCAGUACGCCCCGUGGACUGGCCGAGGAAUCAGACCUCUAGGUAAAUUACAAUACCGCGAGCUUUCGUAUGACAUGUAUUUUUAACGCGGGUGCGCGCAAAGCCACAAAUCGCGAGCGAAUUAUGUGAGACUGUGCCUCAAAGUCUAUUCAGUCAGUCGUCAGCGAGUCAGUGAGUCAGUCAGUGAGUCAGUGAGUCAGUCAGUCAGAAGGUCGGGUAUUCGGCCCAGUGGUCAGAGUCCGGUGUUGUCCUGUAACCGACUCCGACCAGACCGGCAGCGCCGGCGCAGCCAGAGGACAGCUAUAUUUAUUACCAAUGCUCUAGCCGUUUUGUCGAUUCCGUGUGUUGGUCCAUGUUCGUGUUUUGCAGAGAGAUAUGCUAUUUAUGGGUAUGGUCCCGGGCGUGUGCAAACGGCGCGCGGUUCGGUGUAUGCGUGCGUGCGUGCGUGUGGGCGUGCGUUCGGCUCGGCCGGGCCACACCGGGUCGCCGGCGGGGUCCGGGCAGGGCUCCGUGGGCCCGGCGAAGAGUGGGACGCGGGCCUGGCUAACGGGCCCCGCGGCCACCCGGCGGGUCCCGCAGACAGUCGGCUCAUGAUUUGUGCAAUUUUCCGGUGAGGCGCCGUGGCUGGUGGCUGUGACUACAGCCCAGCGGGGACCCGGCCCGAUGACCUAGCUAGAUUGUACAUAUUUUUAAAGAAUAUAUAUUAUACCACAAAGUA